AUGGGUUCGGAUUUCUGGCACAUAGGCUGCUCUAUUGUAACUGGCACGGGCAAACAACUGAUAUAUUUCAUGAUGAAGAUGCAAUUACGGACACGAUUAUUCGUAGCUUUCACUGUAGGCUGUCUUUUGUAUUUAGUAUCUUGGAGACCAUAUAAUAAGUUUGUUGGAUUUCCGCCGAGUCACACGGGUACUUAUUAUUUCAGUCAACAAUUGAAAAUGAAACAGAAAAUUAUGUUAGUAUGGACAACAUUUUUUGGCGAAUCUCCUGAGAAUCGCUUACAUAUUUUAGAUGCAUGUCCAGAUUUAAAAAGCAAAUGUUUGGUAACAGCUGAUCGGUCUUUGGUUAACAGUGCAGAUGCUAUCAUUUUUCAUUUUAUGGACGGUGAUUUCCAACUAGAUGAUCUACCGAAAAUACGAUUUCCGUUUCAGCGUUAUGUUUUUCUUACAGUGGAAGCUCCUCCAUCGUAUAGAACCGUGCAAAGAAAUUCUCUGCAUGCACCACAUAAUUUUUUCAACUGGACAAUGACCUAUCGAUAUGAUUCGGAUGUUCCCUGGGUUUAUGGGGGUUACUGGAUCAGUCCAGAAAAUAAUAAAGAGCUUAAUUUACAAUCAGAAAACUUACCUUAUGAUGAAAAAAGUAUAUUAGAAAAAAAAAACGGAGCAAUAUUUUGGUUAGUGUCAAAUUGCAAUACGUCUUCGAAACGUGAGUUAGCAGUUGAAAAGCUAGCAAAAUACAUAACGAUUGACAAAUAUGGAGCUUGUGCUGAAAAUCCUCAUAAACGUAAAGCAUGUGGCAGACACAGCGUUUGCGAGAAAGCUUUGAGUUCAGCGAAUUUUUUUUAUAUCGCAAUCGAAAAUGCGGUUUGCAAGGAUUAUAUUACCGAAAAGUAUUUCUCUCGAUACCAAUUGCCAAGUGUUCCAAUUGUUAUGAGGCGAAAAAUAUAUGAGAACUUAGUACCACCACAUUCUUAUAUAUCAAUGGAUGACUUUGAAAGUGCUAAAUUUAUGGCUGAUUACUUGUUGUCGUUGAUGUCAAAUAAAACAGCUUAUCUGGAAUAUUUCAAAUGGCGUCGUGACGGUUGGGUUCUAGCGUAUCAGAAUAAGGGCUACAGAUUUCAUUUUUGCAAAUUGUGUGAAGCUUUAUUAGAAAAUCGACCGCCAAAAUCAUACGUAGAUAUUGAGAAAUGGUUUCACGAGACUUCACAAUGUGAAGGGUCUGAAUUUGCAGAAAAUUGGAGGAAGGAAUGA